GGAAGUUCACCCAUUCCUGCUAAUUAGGCGAAACUUGGUUGGAUUGCCUCUUGCCUCUUGCCCGACGACGGCAUCGUCUGUACACUAAUCGGAUAUAAUAAUCAUUCUCCUCCCUGUUCCCGGAUCUGCGUAUCAUUUUACCGCGCUUCGGAUCAAAGCAAUGGCCGCCACUGCAAACAAUAACAUCAACGCCAAAUUGGUGCUUCUUGGGGAUGUGGGAGCUGGAAAAUCUAGUUUGGUGUUGCGUUUUGUCAAAGGACAAUUUGUUGAAUUUCAGGAAUCAACUAUUGGUGCUGCUUUUUUCUCCCAAACCUUGGCUGUAAAUGAUGCAACUAUAAAAUUUGAAAUUUGGGAUACAGCAGGUCAAGAGAGAUACCAUAGCUUAGCUCCCAUGUACUAUAGAGGGGCUGCGGCUGCAAUAAUUGUAUAUGAUAUAACAAAUCAAGCUUCUUUUGAAAGAGCAAAGAAAUGGGUCCAAGAGCUUCAAGCCCAAGGUAAUCGGAACAUGGUUAUGGCUCUUGCUGGGAAUAAAGUUGAUUUGCUAAAUGCAAGAAAGGUGCCAGCCGAGGAUGCACAGGUAUAUGCACAGGAAAAUGGCCUUUUCUUCAUGGAAACCUCUGCGAAAGCUGCAACCAAUGUAAAUGACAUUUUCUACGAAAUAGCAAAGAGACUGCCUCGAGUGCAGCCUGCGCCAAACCCAUCAGGAAUGGUUCUUACGGAGAGACAAGCGGAGAAAACCACAGCUGCUUCUUGUUGCUCCUAAAAGCUUUUUGGUGGCUUCCAUGCUGCUGCUUACUCUCGUGGUCUUAAUUGGUGGCUUUCACUUUCUUUGUUUAUACCAUUAGUCCAAGACUGUACAGCUAUCUAUGCUUAUGGAUGGUGUUCACUGUUCAGAUUUUUCAGUUCCGAUUGCUGGGUGUGGGUGGUGCUUCUGGUGUUAAUGAAAUGCCAGGAAGAUAAGCAACCUCUUGAUUCAUGUGUUAAAUUUUACUGCUUUAAUCUUAUUAUUAUUAUUAUUAUUAUUAUAAUAUUGGGCUUCCUAA